AUGUCAAACGCAGCUGAUUACACAUUUAAGGUUUUAAUUAUUGGAGAGCCUUCAGUUGGUAAGACUGCUAUUAUGGAAAGGUAUUGUGAAGAUAAAUUUCAUGAUGAAUUGAUAUCAACCAUUGGUGUUGAUUUUAAUUCCAAAUUAGUUAAAGUAGGAGAUUUAACAAUUAAAUUACAACUAUGGGAUACUGCUGGUCAAGAAAGAUUUCGAAAUGUAACAUCAUCAUAUUAUAAAGGAACACAAGGAUGUCUUGUUGUGUAUGACGUUUCUGAUGUUGAAUCAUUUAAUAAAAUUACUCAUUGGAUUCAAGAAUAUCAAAUUGAACAAGAAAUUGCAUUCAUUAUUAUUGUUGGAAAUAAAAUUGAUUUACCUUCAAAAGUUACAAAUGAACAAGCAGAUGCUGCUGCUAAAGAACAAGGAUAUCAACAUAUGAGAUGUUCUGCAAAAACCGGAGAAGGUGUAAAUGAAAUAUUUGAAACGUUAGCAAAAGGGAUUUAUAAUAAUAAAGAGAUUAUGGCAAAUAUUCCAAAGAAGAAUAAUAUUACAAUUGUUAGUCCUGAAAAACAAUCUGGAUGUUGCUAA